GUUUCCCCUACACGCGCACUGACAGACCGUCCUCAGUUGCUAAGUAACCUCUGCAGGGGGCGGCUGCUGCAUCGCCGGAUGCUGCUGUAGCUAGUACACAAGAGAUCAAACUGUGCCGUUUCAGACGCAAAACUUUGAUAAGGAGGAUGGAAGAGGGCUCUGAGUUAUCUCUGACCAUCGCUCAGAUCGUGCAGCGGCUGAAAGGAAGCCAUUUACACUCUCAGAUAGAGAGACAAGCCAAAGAGUGUUUACAUCAACCUGAGAUAAAAUUGGAGUCCCUUAAAGAGGACGUACGCAGUUUUCUCAAAACAUCAGGAUGGGAAAGGCAGCUACAGAAUGCAGUGUACAGAGAGCUGCAUGUCCAACUGCCCCCGAGCCAUCCCACGGCUCCUCCAGAGCAUCUCAAAGAGCCGCUGGCCUACAUGCGCAAGGCACAGGCCAGCUGGGAAAAGCGUGUCCUCAAAAGCCUGAACAGCAUGAGUACAGAGCUUGGAGUGCCUCUGGCUCGCAUGAGGCCCCCAGUGGAGCAGAAGGAGCUCACCAACAAAUGGAACGAGAUGGGCACAGAUGAACCAGAUUUAACUCGCUUUAGGCCUGUAUAUGCCCCUAAAGACUUUCUGGAGGUGUUAAUCAGCUUGCAGAACCCGAAUCAUGAUAGCAGCGAGGACGUCAGUGUCAGGAGCCACUGGGGUCUCAUCCAGGUUCCCCUCAAUGUCAGGGACAUCCCACAGCUGAGACAAGCCUACUCAGAGCUGAACCUGACCUCUGGGCAGUUGGGGAUUGAUGACCAUGCACACAUUCAUCCAGACUUGUUUGAAAAUGAGUAUGUUCAAAUGGGGAAAAAAGUGGUGUUGGAGCAGGACAGUGCAGCAGCGCAGCAGUACAGUAGGCAGGGCUGUUCCACUGGGCUCCGGGCAGACCUGUGGGCCCUCAUCCUUAACUCUACUAACCAGCCACAGGAUGUGAUGCAUUAUGAACAGCUGACGGCUGGAGUUAUACAGCAUGAUCUGCUGGUGGACAACCUCAUCUAUAAGGAUGUGAAGCUCACCGCCAGUAAUGACGACUACUACUUUGUGUUUGAAGAUUUCCUCUAUCAGGUGUUGCUGUGUUUCUCCCGAGACACCGCCGUCUUGGAGCACUUCAAAUACAACAGUGCCACUCCUCCUAAAUCCUUCAUCCAGGGUAGAGGAGGAGAUGAGGAGUGUGCUGUUGUUUAUCCUCCCAACGGUGUAAUCCCUUUUCAUGGGUUUUCAAUGUAUGUGGCACCUUUGUGUUUCUUGUACAACGAGCCAUCCAAGCUAUACAGUGUAUUCAGGGAAAUGUACAUUCGCUACUUCUUCAGAUUACACUCCAUCUCCUCCUCUCCUUCGGGGAUUGUGUCUUUGUGCCUGCAGUUUGAGCGGCUGCUCCAGUCCCACCUGCCUCAGCUCUUCUACCACCUUCGACAGAUCGGGGCGCAGCCCUUGCGCAUAGCCUUUAAGUGGAUGGUACGUGCCUUUUCUGGCUAUCUGUCUACUGACCAGCUGCUUCUUCUCUGGGACCGAAUCCUGGGUUACGAUUCACUGGAGGUAGUUGCAGUCCUAGCAGCCGCUGUGUUUGCUUUCCGUGCUGAGAACCUGAUGGAAGUGACGUCACUGGCCUCAGCUGAGGCUGUCCUCGCUGACCUUUCAACUCUGAAAGUCAUGCCGCUCAUCCAGAUCUUUCUAUUUGCCACCGCCAUCUGAGGAGCAGGGGAACUACAGGAAUAUGAGUAGUGGUACGUACAUACCACUUGGAGCAUAAAGAGACACUCCAAAAAUGCCACUUUGCAAUGCCAUAACCACACCAACACUAUAAAUCAUCCAUCAAGAACCACCAGGUUAGAGUGUGGGAUAUCAAGAAAUAAUGAACCUACACACAUUACAGACUUCAUCUUGCACUAGUUCAAG